UUUUAAGGAGGUACUUGAGUUACUCCAGUCAAGUGCACCUACAAUUAAGUAAACCUAGGUUUUCUUUCUUUACUGUUUACAUUUUGUGUUUCUUUUUUCUAAUUUAAAAUGGAUCCAGUUGACCAAAAUUUGACCAGUGAUUUUUUCAUGGCUGAACCCAUUUCAUCAUUAGAUGAAUUGAAAGCCAACCCUACUUCGGUUCGAAGUAUUUUUGAAGUGUUUAUCCUGAAAAUUCAAAAAAAGUUUUGUCUCGCCUUGGAAGCUUUUGAAAAGAAAUCAUCUGAUUCUACUCCUGCUAGUUCAUUCAUUGCUGAUAGAUGGUUGAGAAAGGAAGGAGGUGGAGGAAUAUCUUGUGUCUUACAGGAUGGUCAGGUAUUCGAAAAGGCUGGUGUUAAUGUCUCGGUGGUCACUGGAAAGCUAAGCAAAGAGGCUGUUGCUCAGAUGAAGAAACAGCAUAAGGAUAUUCAGUUGGAUGAAGGACGAGAAUUGCCUUUCUUUGCGGCUGGAAUCAGCUCAGUGAUUCAUCCUAAAAACCCUCACGUUCCUACAGUUCACUUUAAUUAUCGCUAUUUUGAGAUAGAGGGACAACAUGGGACUGAAUGGUGGUUUGGUGGUGGAACCGAUUUAACACCUUAUACUUAUGAUGAGGAUACUUUCAGGCAUUUUCACCGUUCCUUGAAAACAGCCUGUGAUGCCCAUGAUACAAGCUACUAUCCUAAAUUUAAGGCCGAAUGUGAUGACUACUUCUUUAUCAAACAUCGAGGGGAACGUCGCGGUGUUGGUGGCAUAUUUUUUGAUGACUUGAAUAAACCUUCCCUAAACGAUUGUUUCAAUUUCAUACAAAGCUGUGCAGAAACUGUGAUUCCUUGCUACAUUCCGAUUGUUGAAAAAAAUUACUUAAAGCCUUAUCAACCCGAUAAUCGAAGAUGGCAGCUACUGCGAAGAGGCCGAUAUGUUGAGUUCAAUUUGGUUUAUGAUCGUGGAACUAAAUUUGGUUUCUUCACUCCUGGAGCGCGAAUCGAAAGUAUAUUGAUUUCACUUCCACUGCAUGCUUCUUGGGAAUACAUGCACCAACCUGUUAAUGGAAGUGAUGAGGAUAAAUUGAUGAGUGUUUUGAAAGAACCGAAAGAUUGGGUUUGUUAAUUUUUCGUCGAAAUAUCUAUUUUGAUUUUUUUAGUCAUAAUUAUAUAAUAGGGUUUUAUAUACACAAUGAUAGUGAAAAGUGAUGCUAGAAAGAAAGCAAAAGGAAGGUAAAAGAUAAUCUGUAUUUAUUGUUUCAAUGUUUAACCUGUCAUAUAUUCAUUCUGAUAAAAUGUUGAGCUUCAGUUGAAACGUUGAAAACGAUAGAGAUGGUUGCGAUGAAGGUGAAUUUAAAGAUGAGAUGUUUUUUUUGAUGAAAGUGUAGGUGAAAGUGAUGAUGAAAUAUAAGAUGCUAUCUUUUUUAGAAUAGCAUUAAAGACAGCUUUAAACAUGAAUAAAGUCCUCAAAAUUC